AGGAGUCGUCAAGGUCUCGCGGUCGUGCGUUCUGCACGAAUUGGAACGAUCGCGGUAUAUAUAUUAGGCUGCAUUUCGUUUCGUUUGUGGCUAAGAUGUAAUGUGUGUGUAGGGCUCGACGAUGACGUAACUCCGUAAACUGGGAGAAAGUUGUGUAAGUAUACUUAUUGAUGCAUAUGAAUGUAUGCAGUAUAUAUAUGUAUAUAUUGCACACACAGAUCAGCGCCACCAAGAAGACUCCAUCGUGGUCUUAACAUGACGGGAUAUGGGAGAUUUAGACGUCCAUCAUGAAAAAAAGCCGCAAGCCAGUUAAUAAGAAGGGUAAUAAGAAACCUGCCCAGACCACCAAAGGAGCUCCGAAACGGAAGACCGAGGACGCCGCUCCGGCUGCCGACGCCGCUCAAGAAGAUGAGGCAGAGAAUCCCCAGCCCUCGGAAUCACCCAAACCUGCUCCAGCAGAGAACUCCGCUGAGGAGAACAACCGCCUGCAGGAGGUGGUCUUUUCGGCGUGGGCCAAGGCCAAUUUCGUAGGCAAGUACAACUACGGGUACGACGCGAGAUACUUCAAUGGCCUGCAGUACCUUAUGGACCACAACUCCGUCACCAUAGGGCCCCCGACGAGUGGAACGUACAUUAUCAAAGACAUGGCAGGCAAAGUCCUGUUCUACGCCAACACUCCCGUAGAAAACGACACUCCGUGUUGUGGUUACGGAGGGACUUACCUAACUGGGACGAACUUCAGCGUCGCCUCGGCACUCUACCGGCAAGUUAUGAGCAUCAAGAAGAAGGAGAGGAAAUAUUGCUUCUUCACUGAAUAUGCCGAAUGGAAAAUAAAAGUGACAAAGUCGGGGAUCCUGGGUCUGAUGGAGGUUUGUCACACCGACAAAGAUUACUAUCUACUGAAGUGGAAACCGGGGAAAAACUUGUGCAGUUUCAAGAUGACUUUGUCUAAUUCCCUGUUCGGAGAUCGUCACUACAAGAUACUACCAGCCUCCAUGCGUCAUGGCGUCGGCAGCAUCGUCUACAACCGGGGCAAUGGAGUCCUCCUCAACUUCCCCAGCGGGUUCAACAUCCCCGGCAGGGCACUCGUUAUGGCCGGCGCCAUCAUCCUGCAAUACGAAAUCGAGGGCCAGGAACUCCACCGCGGCGUUGGCGGGUACUACGUGGCUCCCGCUGUGAUCGUGCCCGAGAGUUUCGAGGGAAAUGGAGCACCACCACCUGCAGUAGGUGGAGGAAGACCCGGUGGAGGACUAGGAGGAGUAGGAGUAGGAGUAGGAGCUGGAGGAGCAGGUUUGGGGGUAGCAGGAAUUGGAGGACCAGGAGUAGGAAGAGGGGGAAUUGGAGCAGGAAGAGGAGUAGAGGUGACAGGGGUGGGAGUUGGAGGAGCAGGCUUAGGAGUAGGUGGAGGAAGAGGAAGAGGAGUAGGAGGAGGGAGAGGUGGUAGAGGAAGAGGAGGAGGAGGAGGAAGAAGUAUUGGGACAAGGUUGGGGGCUGUUUUUUAAAGGAUUUCUAUGUCGGGUCUGACCUUAGGAGUUGUGGGAGAAGCAACAUUUGGAAGCAUUGCUUUUUCAUUGAGGUUCCUAUUAUUGUCUGGUCAGUAUCUGAAUGGGUGAUCGCUAAUGAUUGUCUGUUGUUGUUCGCUCUCGUGAGCAGAUCUUGGGACACUAUGCGUAUAUUCUAAGACGUAUGGCCCGCGGAACUGCGUCUCUCAGACCUUUAGCAUUUUAGUGAAUCUCGGCGAAUCUCUGUGGUGAAUUGGUUUUCAUCUGAAUAACCUGUCUGAAUGUUGACACACACUGUGUCAUUGCCGAAUGAUUGUUUUCUGUUCUGUGUGUGUGUGUGUGUCUACGUUUUCAGUGUACCCUACUCUAUUGCCUUCUGCAAUUCUUUGUGUUGGGAUCUCAACCGAAUAAAGCCUUGAAUAUGCACUGUGGUUUUCUUACUACAAUCUUGCUGCAAGCAGCUCAGCCUUUCACGACCAGUGGCCAAGUAGCUGUUGUACUGUGAGGAUGCCUAAGGAUUUGCUGAAGAGGAAUCCGACUGUGUUGCAAAUUUCGGGUCGUGCAAGGCAGCGACGAGCUGGACUGGA